AAAAGAAUGAAAUAAAGGGGAUAAAAAAGAACUCAAAAAUCCGGAAACCAUAGUGUUCAUCGUUUCCCCCAAAAUUCGAUCGAUAGAAAAUUCUAGGGUUUAGGGCUUGAUUUUUCCCCAAAUUCAAUCUCACCUGCAAAAAAGAAAGAGAGAGCGAAAGGAAAGAUGUGGCAUGAAGCGCGCAGGUCGGAGAAGAAAGUGCACGACAUGAUGGAUGCCGCAAGGAAAAGGGCGCAGAGAAGAGCGCUAUUUUUGGCAAAGAGGCGAGGUGAUCCUCAGCAGUCUAUCCAAGUUAUCGGCUCUCGUUGUCGCACUUAUCGCGAUGACGGCCUUUACCAAGCCACCCAGGAUCAACAGGGAUUAAUUCCCUGGAAUGGCAAAGAGGAUAAUUUAAUCGACAGAUUUGAUGGACGUGCUCUUCUUGAUUUUAUUCGUGAUCCGGAUACUCGUCGAUUUCGUCAACAAGAGAAGACUGAGGAGGAAGAAGAACUGGAAGAGUUUGUUAGUUUUGAGCGUUAUCGGGAUUUAAUUAAGCAUCGACGUAGAGGAUUUUCGGAUGAAGAGGGUUUGGAUCACGUCAAUCAAGUAAUUGAAGCAAAAUUUGCGCUGCCAUUUGCUCUUGACAAGCCGAAUUUAUCUCAAACUCCUGCGAGCAAGGGUACUUAUUCUCAGGUGGGUUUUUCAUAUGACGGGGAUGGGAAAGAGGAUCCUCGUUCUUCAGAUGAUGAUGAUGAGGAUGAUGAUGAAGAAGACGAAGAUGAUGAUGAGGAGUUUAACAGUGAUGAUAGUGGUGAUGAACGAAUGGAAACCAUAGCUAAGGAUUUUGGGGUGAAAAGAUACGGUUGGCUUGUCUAUAUGGAUAAGAAGGCUAAAGAGGAAGAAAAGAGGCAAAAAGAAGUGAUUAAGGGAGAUCCAGCAAUUAGGAAAUUGAGUCGCAAGGAGAGAAGGAAGGUUUCUCAGCUAGAAAGGGAGAAAGAAAGGGAGGCUGCACGCGUCACAGGAACCCAUGUUCUUCAUCACGAUCCUUAUCGAGAGUCAAGGCGUAGUCCCACGUAUGACGCUUACCCUCGUUCAAGAAGAUCGAGAUCACGGUCAAGGUCUCACUCUCCAUCAUAUUCUAGGCGGCAUGCUCGUGGACGUUCCGAUGACCAUCAUCGAAGCAAAUCUAAGGCUCCCAAAAUUGAAUUCAUCACGGAGUUUGGGGGUUCUCCUGACAGACGAGAGCCAAAGCUGGAAGGAGUCUCUCCACCACCUUCUCCUCCUCAGGCUGAAGUAUCGAAUCGGGCUUCAUCAGUCCGUAUACUUGAGGCCUUACAUGUUGAUCCUGCCUCUGGUGCAUCUCUUGAUAAAGAAAAAAAUGCUAAAGUCAUAAAGCCCCCAGUAAGCACAUCUUCUGCAUUGGCCAAACUGAAGGGAGCCACAGGGGGGACAUCAAAGAAAUCACAGGGUGAAAAGAAGGAAACACCUCAGGAGAGGCUUAAAAGGAUCAUGAGCAAACAAUUGAAUAAACAAAUAAAAAAAGAUGCUGUUGUAGAGAUGGCUAAGAAAAAAGAGCAAGAGAAGCAGAGGCUGGAAAAGCUGGCAGAAACUAGUCGUUUGAGUAGAUAUAGACGACGUAGCCGUAGUAGGAGCAACAGUCGUUCGCCACGGAGACGACACAGGUAUAGCAGAAGUCCAAGUAGAGGACGAAGUUCAAGGAGAUACAAUUCUCGUUCUCGUUCGCGUUCUCACUCUCGAUCUCACUCCCGUUCUCGGUCCCCACCACGCUCUCCAAGGCGCAGAAGUCGGUCUAGGUACUGAUGCAGAUGAAAUUAAUGUAUGAUUGUGUAUGUUUGUUUGCAUAUGAAAAAUAUGCUUGUAUGUUGGAAAAAAGUCUCCUAGAGUAGGUUACAUAUAUAGUCCUGGUUUGUGUAGGCUAUUGGGGGAGAAAAACAUGUUUGUUUUGUAUCUUGUAAGAACACGAGUACUGGGAUGCAGAGAAGUGUCUGUUUUUGUAUUGCUACAUUCAGUUAAGUACUGGUUGAUUCCCAAAACAGCCUGCAAAUUGGCGCAUGAAUUCAGUUUUUUCUUGGAAUACAUUCUUUUUCUUUGUUUUCA